GGCGGGGCGAAGCGCCGGGCAUGCGCCGGAGCAAGCCGGGCCGGGGGCGCGCGCUCUGCGGGCUGCAUGUCCGGGCUGCGGGCGCUGCUGGGGCUCGGGUUGCUGGUUGCGGGCUCGCGCCUGCCCCGCCUCAGAGCCCCGGCCGGCGCCUGCCUCGCGGGUCCCCCCUGGUGGGGGCCGCAGCGGCUGAACUCGGGUGGCCGCGGGGACCCAGAGGUCAUGGCGUGCACAGCGGUGAAGUACCUGAGCCAGGAGGAGGCCCAAGCCGUGGACGAGGAGCUCUUUAACGAGUACCAGUUCAGCGUGGACCAACUCAUGGAGCUGGCUGGGCUGAGCUGUGCCACAGCCAUUGCCAAGGCAUAUCCUCCCACGUCCAUGUCCAGGAACCCCCCUACUGUCCUGGUCAUUUGUGGGCCCGGGAAUAAUGGAGGAGAUGGCCUGGUUUGUGCACGACACCUCAAACUCUUUGGCUACCAACCAACCAUCUAUUAUCCCAAAAGGCCUAACAAACCACUCUUCACUGCACUGGUGACUCAGUGUCAGAAAAUGGACAUCCCUUUCCUUGGUGAAAUGCCCCCAGAGCCCAUGCUGAUCGAUGAACUGUAUGAGCUGGUGGUGGAUGCCAUCUUUGGCUUCAGCUUCAAGGGUGACGUUCGUGAGCCAUUCCGCAGCAUCCUGAGUGUCCUGAAUGGACUCACUGUGCCCAUUGCCAGUAUCGACAUUCCCUCAGGUGCUGGGACCAAGGAGGGCAGGGGGACGGGGAACCUGCCGUGUCUUGAGGAUGGGAUGUGGAGAAGGGAAGCUCUGGAGGGAUCCAGCCAGACUUGCUCAUCUCCCUGACGGCACCCAAAAAAUCUGCAACCCAGUUUACCGGUCGCUACCACUACCUGGGAGGUCGUUUCGUGCCACCUGCUCUGGAAAAGAAGUACCAGCUGAAUCUGCCAUCCUACCCUGCCACUGAGUGUGUCUAUCGCCUGCAGUGAGGGAACGUGGGUGGGCCUUCUUCCCACCAAAGAUUUAGUGCCUCUCCCAGAACUGUGGAAUACUGAGAGUUCUUUCAGCAAUAAAGGUUAAUGGGUGGCAGGAGCCGGAGCAA